AUGAAGUGGGAUGAUGAAGAAGAUCCUACCGACUUGGACGAUGACGAUUUCAGUGCAUUUGAAACGCUCCACAAGGAUCUCAAAUUGUCGAUGGAUGCCGCGUUCACAAUUGACCAAGACCUUAUCGCUAGUGCGGUUAGAACGCUAUCAUUGCAAACAUUAUCCGCCUAUCGCAGCGGGAUGUUGCUGAAUUGGAAUGACGCUGAACUGGCGCUUUAUCUCGUGUACAUCUUCGGCGAGAUCGUGAAAACUGGAGGAAAGGGCCGUGCGGCUUUCUGCGUCGCUCCCAUCGUGCCAAAGGAGAAACGCCGCGAAGUAGAUUAUUCUGAAUAUCCAUUGACUCCUCAUGGGGAAACAUUACUAGCUCUUGGGCAGAACGGCGUAUCUGCGUUCCCUCACCGCGUAGUUGUCAUGCAGUCCUCAAUUGGACUAGUCGCGUGCAAUCAUUCGUCUUUUUCAUUGCGUGCCGUUUUCAGCGAUAAUAGACUUUUUUUCGGCCUUUGUCAUUACCUCACAGAAUAUACUCAAUUCUACAUUUUGCCUUUGCAUGCUAACUGA